AUGCGACAACGUCGGUGGCUUGAGUUGAUGGCAGAUUAUGAUUUGGAUUUCAUAUAUCAUGAGGGACGAGCAAACUUAGUAGCCGAUGCGUUGAGUAGGAAGUCCAAUCACUCGUUGUCCGCCUUGGACGGAGUUGAGGAGUUGCAUCGGGAUUUUGCGAGGUUGAACUUGGAGGUGGAUAAAGCCCCGAAACUGAUGAAGUUGAAGGAACAAGCUCGGGAAGGAAAAACGGAGGGAUUCUUUGUUCAUGAAGAUGGGAGCUUGAGGUUCAAUGGUCGCUGGUGUUUGCCGACAGGGGAAGAAUCUUUGAAGGAAUGUAUCUUAGAUGAGGCCCAUUGUACGAAAUUUUCAGUCCAUCCGGGCGGUGACAAAAUAUUAAAAGUGAACACAAAAGACCAGGAGGUUUACUGCAACCUUAGGAGAUACCGGUAUGGAAGUGGGAUGAUAUCUCUAUGGAUUUUGUUGUGGGUUUACCCUGGACGAAGGCGGGAAAUGAUGCGUUAUGGGUCAUAG